AGUCGGCAGCGGCGGCAGCGGCGGGGCUGCUGCUCCUCCCAGCAUCCCUGGCGCGGCCAUUUCAGCCCCAUCUUGGCCGAGGGGAGGGAGCUGCAGCCGCCGCUUCAGCAGUUUGAGUCUCAGUUUCUGCGGCGUCUGCGGACCGGGCGCACCGCCGAGGAGCCGGAGCGGCCACCGCCGCCGCCUCACGCGCCGGAGCGCCUCCGCUUUCGCCGGCCGCCGCCCCUCACUCGCUCAGGAGCCGCGAGGGGAAGCCGAGCCCGCCCGCGGGGUGGCUCCCCUGUGGGGAGGACGAGCCGGCGUUCCCCUCCCCCGGAGCGGGCUUCCGCCAGAGCCGGCCGACAUGGCCCGGGGCUGAACUCCGCUGCAGCCGGAGGAGGCCGCGCCGCCCCUGCCUUCUCGCCUCGGUGUCCCGCGCCCGCGCUGACGCCGGCACCGGCCUGAGGAGCCGAGCGGGCAGCACCGCCCCUCACGCCGCCGCCGCCCUCCCGCUCCACCCCCAGCCGGGCCUGCGGACCGCGCGAGGCGGCGGACUGCCCGCGGCGGCCCGGGGGCGGCAGGAGGACGCCGGCCCGCCCGGGACCGCGCUCUCGCCGCCGCUGAGGGGCUCGCCGAGGCGCCGCGGCCGGGAGGCGGAGAGCAGGGAGGCGCCGGGCGGAGCGAGCCCGCGGAGAGGAGCCGCGAGGAGGAUGCCGCGCGGGGCGGCCGGCGCCCCCAGCAGCCCGUGACCGCGCGCGGGCCCGGACCCCGCGCCGACCGGACUUUGUCUUCGGGGCCCCUCUGCCCCGCCUGGCUUCCGGCGGACCGCAGAGGAGCGGCGUGCCUCUGCCGCAGGCCCCUCGCCAUGUCCAAGAUGCCGGCCAAGAAGAAGAGCUGCUUCCAGAUCACCAGUGUCACCACGGCCCAGGUGGCCACCAGCAUCACCGAGGACACCGAGAGCCUGGACGACCCGGACGAGUCGCGCACGGAGGACGUCUCGUCCGAGAUAUUCGACGUUUCCCGGGCCACGGAUUACGGCCCCGAGGAGGUCUGCGAGCGCAGCUCCUCCGAAGAGACGCUCAACAAUGUCGGGGAGGCGGAGACCCCCGGGACCGUCUCACCGAACCUCCUCCUGGAUGGACAGCUGGCAGCCGCCGCGGCUGCGCCCGCCAACGGAGGAGGAGCCGGCCCGGCCCGCAGCGUGGCCGGGGCUCUGGCCAGUACCCUGGCGGCGGCCGCCACCUCGGCCCCCGCCCCCGGCACCCCCCCGGGCGCGGGCCCCUCCGCCGGGACCGGGACUGCGGCCCCCUCGCAGCCGCCCGCCGUCUGUAGCUCCCGAUUCCGCGUGAUCAAGCUGGACCACGGCAGCGGGGAGCCGUACCGGCGCGGCCGGUGGACGUGCAUGGAGUACUACGAGCGCGACUCGGACAGCAGCGUCCUGACCCGCUCCGGGGACUGCAUUCGGCACAGCAGUACUUUCGAGCAGACUACGGAGCGGGACAGCGGCCUGGGCGCCACCGGUGGGUCGGUGGUGGUGGUGGUGGCCUCCAUGCAGGGGGCGCCCGGGCCCGACUCGGGCACUGACAGCUCGCUGACUGCUGUGUCACAGCUGCCCCCGUCGGAGAGGAUGAGCCAGCCCGUCGCGGCCCCGCCGCAGAGCUUUGGCGUUGGGCAGCCGCCGCCGCCGCCCGUAGGUGGGGCUGUGGUUCCAGGCUCGGCUCCACCGCCGCCGUUCCUGGGCGCCGUGGCCGGGCCGCCGCCGCUGAUGGCCGCCCCGCAGCCCAGCCAGCCCCAGGGGAGCGGGCCCGGCGGCCAGGCUCUGCCGCCGCCGACCGUCCCCCUCGCGCAGCCCGGCCUGGCCCUGCCGCCGCAGCCGCCGCUGUUCGCCUACCCCCAGCCUCAGCUGCCGCCGGCGCAUUUGCUGCCCGGCCCGCCCUCCGGCCAGAGCGAGUACCUGCAGCAGCACGUGGCCGGCCUGCAGCCGCCCAGCCCCGCGCAGCCCCCGGGCCCCGGAGCCAGCGCCAGCCCCGCCGCGGCGGCCAGCCUUCCCGUGGGCCCCGGCCAGAGUGCCGCUUUGGCCGGCGCGCAGAUGAUGGGCGUGGCCGCCCUGCCCGGUGACGCCGCGGCCCCGGUGCCGGGACCGUCGCAGGGCGGCCUGGCCGCGCCGGCUCAACCGUCUGGAGGGCCCCCGGCUGUGGGAGGUGCGGGGCCGCCCCCGUGCGUGCCUCCGCCGCAGAUGGGUGGCGGCGGGGCGCCAGCAGCCGGGCCCAGUGGCCCUCACGCCGUGGUGCCCGGAGUUCCAAACGUGCCUGCAGCCGUGCCCGCUCCAAGCGUGCCUAGUGUGUCUACCACUUCUGUUACUAUGCCAAAUGUCCCCGCGCCUCUGGGCCAGUCGCAGCAGCUGAGCAGCCAUACGCCCGUUAGCAGGAGCGGCAGCAUCAUCCAGCAUGUGGGGCUGCCUUUGGCGCAGGGCACAGCCAGUGCACCAACAAGUCUACCGCAGUCUGACCUAACCCAGUUUCAGACUCAGACCCAGCCUCUAGUCGGGCAAGCUGACGAUACUAGAAGAAAAUCAGAACCCCUACCUCAACCGCCACUUUCUCUCGUUGCUGAAACUAAGCCUGUUGUGAAGCCUCCUGUUGCAGAUGCCCUGGCAAACCCCCUUCAGUUAACACCUAUGAACAGUCUCACCACCUCUGUAUUCAGCAUAGCUAUUCCUGUUGAUGGUGAUGAAGACAGGUGACUUACUUGUGGGGAGUCUUUCUUCCGUUUGAGAACUCUUAGAGAAUACCACGUGUCCAUAAUUGAGCUCAGCUAGCUAGUCAUUGAGAAAUGUUAUAUGGAUGGGACUACCAAGUAAAGAAACUGAUUCCACAGGCCUCAGAAAAAUCCCUCUUUACAUUUGUUCCCAUGUUUCACUUUUCACACGUAGGGGCACACCUGAAAUGCAGAUUGAGUUUAUUUGUUCACCUUUGGUAAUAUUGAACAGGCAUCUUCCCUUUCCUAGCUGCCAGAAGCCUGUUUUUUUCUGAUGGGUUGGUAAAUAACCAUUUGCUUACCUCUCUGUUCCUGUCGUAGACUGCCCCCAUAGCUUUUCAAGAAAUGAUUACUGGUUUCCCGACCCCCACUCCCAACACAUGCACGCCUAUGAACGAAGAAUGUAUUUUGUGUCCUCUUCACACUCUCUGUUUACGGCAUAUGUAAUUACAUUCCCCAGAAGUUGAAUAUGAUGAUAUGGCAUGAAGCAGAGAGAUCUGUUGAUAAAUGGAAACUCUGGGAUGUAUUCUUUAGAGUAUGACCUCAAAGAUGCAUUUAUUUUUCCUCUUACCUUAUUAAAAGAGUUGAUAAUCUCAAGAAUCUCAUUUCCAAACAUGUGAAUGUUUGAACUACAGAUACUACUGUAUCAGUGUUCUUAUCAAUUGCAGCAGUUAAUCCAGUGCACGGGUUUUGAUGUAUGUGCAGUCCUAUUUUAAGUGGCACUUCCAUCCCCCACCGAGUCUUUUAAAAUCUGUAUUGCUUAUCAAAUGUGCAUUUCUAAUUUUUGUUAAUAGUCUUUCAUUGGUUUUUAAUUUAACAUGCUAUUUUCCAAGAUGUAAUCUUACACAUUUGACUAUUUCAUCACUGGACCAACACACCUGGUGAAGGAAUAAAUCCAUUAAGUAGAAAUAGUUUUGUUUUUUUAAAGGAAAGCCUUUGUAAAAGAGAAGGCAUUUUAAAGUCGUAUGCUUGAAAUUAAUAACAGUUUUUCCAGGCAUAUGUUUAAAGUUAUUGAGAUGAGUGCUUUUGAGGAGACAGUACUAACAAUUGUAAUUUUAAGUGGUGAUUUGGGGUUGUCCUCUUAAACUGAAAUCUACAUACAGUCUUAUUUGCAGUCAUGCAAAUGUAAAAUGAAACAUAUUGGAGUGAGAGGUCUUGAGUAAUUAUGACUUAAACUUUGUGAAUAGGUUGACAAAUUUCAGAUCCUAAGAAAAUAUUUGUAAAUAAGAUGUUUGCUUUUUAAAAUAAAUAUUAAGAUGUUAGAAAAUACAGUCUGUUUGAGAAAAGGAAGGAAAAUAUAAGAUUAGUAAAAAUAUUGAGGUGGUUUAGGUUGAUAUAUGUUGAAAACUCUAUCUGUGAUUUUGGUUCUUUUACCUGAUACAAGGCUCUAUAUUGGCUCAUUUUGUGACCAUUUAAACAAUCAGACUCUAUGUUAAUACAUCUUAAUAAUAUUAUACCUUUAAAAGGGCUGAUGGUUGUGUAUACAAAGAAAAUGUCUUCAAGUUCUCAGUUAACAUUGUCUGUUGACCCUAUAUUAUCAUAAAGUUUAUAUAUCAUUCUGGCCUUUCUUAUUAAAAAGGCUUAUGGUUAGUUGAGAAUUUUCAAAUUGAUUUUGUGUAAACGGGAGGAUGUAAUAAUGAUUGAAAAUAUAGUUGAUAAAAAAAAUGUGUAGCCACUUUUACAGUGAACGUUACAAAAUUGAUUUAAACUACCUACACACUUAACAGUCUCUUUUUGGUAAAUGAGGGGAGGUGCCAAAUAUUACCGGCCCUUUUGGAAAAGGAACACAGUGCAGAUCGUUUUCCAUAGAUAGCUGACUGAUGUGAACUCUGUAGACCACAUUCUGAGAACUCUUAUGAAUGGCUGCAAUUGUGAACUGUCAACUGCAACUGAAAGACUGUUGAAAACCUAAUCGUAAGGAUCUCUUAGUGGCAGAUAUCUCUAUAUCUUGUUAAUGGUUUUAUUUGUGUAGUUUGCUAAUGACUACUGAUAAAGUAUUAUAAGUUGUGACUGUUAAGUGGUGUAUCCUGGUGUGUGCUAAAAAUACAGAUUUUGUUUGUACAAUUAUGUAUAUGAGAUAUAUAUGUAUGUAUAUCUCAUAUAUAUACACACACUUUUUUAUGGAGUUUUUUUUUUUCUACUUAAUGUUUAAGUGAGGAUUAUGUAAAUAUAUAUCAAGAGGAAGAACUGUCACUCUUACCUUUGGUGUAAAAUUUGUAGAUACUUCUUAGAGCUCUGAAAGUCUUACAGCAUUUAGUCUUUAAAAAUGAAAGCUCCUUACUUGAAUCUGUGUAUUUCUUGGGAGCUUGCAUUUCUUUAUAUUCAAUUGUGGAGGUAAUUUUGCCCUUCCAGCUUUACAGUUGAUGUUCAGAUCACACACUAGAUACCAUCUUAUGCCUAAGUUCUCUUACCAAGGGUUUUGUAAUCAAAGUGUAACAUCCUGUGUAUGAGUGACAUUAUUAUUUAAUGUAAAAACUGAUGUUGAUGCAUUCAUCAGAGUGCCAUGCUGAUUACUAAAAUAUGUUAGUCAUAAACAUGGCUCUAAGUAGAGGAAAUUAUCAUAGAUUUCCAGAAAGGCUGAUGAUCCAAAAGUGCCUGAAAUUCCCCAAACCAAGAGUUGUAUCAAUAGGAGUAUGGCCUUUUUUAUUCACAAUGACAUGGGUAUUGUUUAAAAUGUUGUGUGAACUAAAUCUUACAGGCUGAACAUUGGUUAAUUUUUUAGAAAACCCAAGGGCUUGUGUGGGUGGAUAAGACACACUCCAAGUAACUAUUUUAGUAAUGCUUGUUUUUUCCUUGUAGGGGAAGGAGGGUAUCUUGAAGAAAAUUGCCUUUAUGAGAAGUCAUUUUUUACAGUAUAGUACUGGUAGUGGGGUAUAUAUGUUUUCUGCUUCUUGAGAAUAAAUGUAAUACCAAUCUAUUCUUUAAGAAUUCUGAUAGCACUAAUUUGGAAAUAGUAAAAUAUGAUACUGGAUUUAUGGAUCUGGUACUUGCUAAUUUGGAAUGGAGUUCAGUCUUGCAAAGAGAUGGGAAGCAGUCAUGCUCCCUAGUGUCCUCCAAUAACAAAGAGCAGCCCACCAGUCAGAUGGUAAAGAAACCAAAAAGAAUCUUUUUCCUGAGGAAUGGUUGAUAGGGGAGUAUGAAAGGAUCUUGACUUUUCUUUCCUAAAAUGGCAGAAGUUGGAGGGUUGUGGGGGUAAGAGAGUGAUGGCAGAUAAUCAAAACAGACGAAAAUAAAGUGAAAUGACAUGAAAUAUGGUCUCAGAAGGAAUAGGAACACUUGUUAUUAGUGAGCAACAGUAGUCUAAUUCCUUCUUUUAAUAGUUGUUUUAGACCAGUAUGUAUUUCCUUUUCUGAACAGAUACUGUUUAUUUCUUAAUUGCAUUACUCUUUAAAUACUUAAGUAUGAGAAAGAGAGGCUUUACCAAAACAAAUUGGUCUGGGUAAAUGUAGCUUGAAUGAUGUUGUUUCCUAUGUAAUUUCUUAUUAAUGAGAAGAGCAGAUUUUCAAUAAAAAAUCUUACUAGUUAAGUAAGUAUUUAAGGGCUAUGUGUAGCAUAAUUCCUGAUUUGGAAUAAAUCCUUUGUUUGGUUUUUCUCUAUACUAAACUAGAGUACUUGUGAUUUGAGGCUGCCCUUUUAGAUGGUGUAAAUGAAUUACUGCACCCACAAAGAAUAUGCAUACCUGAGUCAUUGGUAUAAUUUAGGUCUUUCCCACAGCCAUUCUUGAACAUACCAGAUUACUAAUUAUUUGUUAUUUUCUUAAUCUGGCAUUGCUUAGGGCAAAAAUUGGGAGCUUCCAUAAAGAUUUAGGAACAGUAACCAAUUUGUAUCAUUUCUAUACAUCAUUACGUAACUUUCAUAAUAUAUUUCAAUGUAUACAUGUCAAAUUUGGCUGGUAAUUUAAACGUAUAUGGUUAUCUACUUUAUCUCUAAAAAGUAUGUGCAUAAUUUCUACUUUUAAAUCAAAUGAAUUAAAUUUCAUCUAUGCUGCUCUGCAUUGCUUACCUCUCAAAUUUAAAGCCCCAAAUCAGAUUUAAGUAUUUAGUUUUAUUUCUUUGUACCCAAGGUAACAUUUGUUAGAUAGAAUGAACUCUCAUUCUUCACGUUGUCCGUUUAUAUAUGAUGGUUACCUGAAAAUUCUGCAGAUCGUUGAGUUAGUAAUUUUAGUAGUGUUCACCUAGGAUAUGAACUAUGAGUAAAUAUCUUGCUAAUUUAUACUAAUCAGAGUAGGUGAGACAAAUAAGUGAAGUCUGAAUGUUAAAUUACUUAAAGCCUCCUUUCUCUCAAAAGCUUUCACUAAAAUUUGACUAAAGGAUAUUGAAGAGAAACUGCAAUUAAUGUGUCAUUAUUGUAAAUAAUGCUGGUGAAUUUUAAAUGAUAUUUUUAAUGUUUUAGGCUAUCCUUCAUUAGUACACAAGUAAAUUGUUUAACCUGCGAAUGAAGGAUACCCAAAGCAAAGUUUAAAACCAACUAGGUACUCAAGUGGAAUUAGAAUUCAGUUGUACUGAAUGGUUUUGUAAGUUAAACCAAAACAAAUCCUCGCUUGGUAUAUCAUCUACCUAGCCUUUGAAAACAAAACAAAAACAAAAAAGGAGAGGGGGGCUCUUGAUCAACUAAAAUCAAUAGUGUGUUUAAUUGUGUAUUAGCAUAUCAUGUGAGUGACCAUUACAGACAAUGGAAUGAGACAUGCCUGGGCUGAAAUCCAACUGUGCUGCAUACUUGAGGCAUUUGACUUUGAGGUAGUUAUUUAGCCCUCGAAGCCUCUUGUUUCCCCAUAUGAAAAAUGGGGAUAAUACCUACCUUGGAGAGUUUGAGAGGAUUCAAUGAGGUAUGCAAGUAAUUUGUGAACAAUCCUUACAUAAGACAGUGUGUGUGACAAGCAUCCAUCACAGAAACAUCAAUAGUUCAGUAUCCAGACUGCUCUCCCAGAUCGUCCCUUGACAUGUUACAAAUCAUACCAAGAAUCUU